AUGGCUGAACUUGGUUCUGUUUUAAUUUUUCUAUUUUUAAAUACUGUUGUUUUGGCCAGUACGCCUGAUUUACAAUCUGGGUUUUCCCGAGAUCUAUUUAUAGCCUGGUGUGGCAAUCCUAAAAAUAGUAUCGUUCUGACAACGCGAACCUCUCCUGGUACGCUAGCUAGAGAACUGAUAGAUAAUCCACAACUUCGCUGUAUCACCAUUGAUGUUCAACGUAGAGUGGAAUUAGAGGGUAUAGAACUUGAAGAUUUCCUGAGAAAGAAACAAGAAAAAGAUGCCAGUGAAGCUAAAUCAAAGGCUAAUAAUAGUGUUCUGGAAGAGCUGGAGUCAAGUGAUGAAAGUGAAAGUGAAAUGGAAUUGGAAGGUUUAUAUCAAAAUAAAGGAAAACACGAUCUUAUGAUGAAACCAGAGGGGAAAGCCAAAUCUGGUUUCUUUAAACAAGCCAAGAAAUCAUAUCCUAUGUUUCACUUUCAUGAAGAGAAAAUUCGCUGGGACGAAUAUGGAGAAAUAAUUAAACCAGAAGAUUAUACAAUAGCUGAAAAUGUCACAGCUGAGGAAGAAGUGAAGAAACCAGAAAAAACAUUUGAAGAAGAAGCCAUGCAAGAAAAUGCAGACCUGCCAACUAAAUGUGUAGCCUCGACGGUGACUUUAGAUGUGAAUGCUAGAAUACAGUAUAUAGAUUUUGAAGGCAGGUCUGAUGGAGAAUCCAUGAGAAAAAUACUAGAAAGAGUAAAACCCAGACAAUUAGUUUUAGUACGAGGUACACCUGAAGCCACAGAUACCUUAGCUGAAUACUGUACCACUUCUUCUUUAAUACAAGGUACUAUAUUUAAACCUAGAGUUGGACAUACCAUUGACGCCACAACAGAAAGUCGCAUAUUUCAGGCCAAAUUACGUGAUCACCUGGUGACGUCGUUAAACUUUGCUAAAGCGAAAGAUAUAGAAUUAGCUUGGAUUGAUGCUCAGUUAACUUAUAGUCAACAUGAUGAGGACAGCAUGGAGGAUGGACAGAACAGAGAAACAGAUAUGGUACCACUAUUAGACUGUCUUCCCCCAAAUAAGGUUCCUACCCACAACUCUGUGUUUAUCAACGAACCUAAAUUAUCCGAUUUUAAAUUAGUUCUAUUACAAGAAGGUAUACCCUGUGAAUUUGUGGCUGGUGUUUUGAUUUGUAAUAACAUGGUGGCUGUGAAAAGGAAUGAAGCAGGUAGAAUUCAGUUAGAGGGAACAUUAUGUAAUGAAUACUUCAGAGUCAGAGAGCUGUUAUACCAGCAAUAUGCCAUUGUUUGAACAGACAACAGUUCAUCAUCAUUAUCAUCAUCAUUAUUCAUAAAUCAUCAUCAUUAUCAUAUUUCAUUCCUUGUCUAAAAUAAAAUGUCAGAAAUUU